AUGUUUUCUUACAUAAGAGAUGAGGAUUAUAAUAAAAUUAUAAACCUUAUUUUUUGGAUUAGUGAAAUAUUGAAUAAUACAUAUAAAAUAGAGGGAAUAAUAAGAAUAAUAAAUGAGGGAUUAUUCAAAAAAUACGAACAUCAGAAACGACUAGAACAUAGAUCAUUGAGUGAAUUUUAUUCAAUGCAUAAAAAGAAUACAAAAACAACAAAAAAAAAAAAUAAUAUAAAAUACAAACCAUCAUUUGCAUACUCAAGAUUAGAGGGGUUCCGCGAAUUGGAUGAAUAUAAAAUAUCCUAUGCGUACAGAUAUUCUAAUAAAAAAGGGUUAGCAAAAUGGGACUGUUAUUGUGAAAAAAAAAUAUUUAAUAUAUUAGAUAGCAUGAAUGAUACUACAGCAAAAAGUCAUAAUAGUAAGAGUAAAAAUUUUAAAAGAUUAGUAAAUAAGGUACUCGUAUGUCUAGCUAUUAUUCCUUGUGUACUUCCAUUAUUUGGAUUAAUUCUUCCGGUAUUAGAUAUGAUUAAGCAUAGCGAUAGUUGUAAUAGUAGUCUUUUGAGAAAUAUAGAAAUAACAAAAACUAGAUAUAUAGUAUAUUGUGUAUUAUUUUUAAUAAUGACUUAUAUAAUUGUGGUAACCAUUAUAUACGUAGUGACAAAAAUUGUAAAAUAUGAAAGUUUAAAAAAUAAUAAAGGCAAAAUGAAUUUUAAAAAAUAUUGUAUCUUCUGUAGAGAGUUGAUUUUAAAUAAAUAA